AUGUGGCUGCUUGUUUUGGUGAACUUUAUUUUAACCUCACAAGUGUUGGGGAUCAACGGGAAGUGCAGGAUUUUGGCACUUGGAGGAAAUUCAGAUAAAGGGGCAUAUGAAGCUGGAGCAAUUAAUGGUCUUUUCUCGAACCUCCCAGCAGGGGAAUUUUCAUAUGACGUUGUGACAGGAAACGGAGUAGGCGCAUGGAAUGCAUUUUUACUUGCUCAAUGGGCUGUUGGCAAUGAAGCUCAAGCUGGGGCUGCAAUAAACCAGUUUUGGCUAAAUUUCAAUAAGACAAAAUUCUAUAAAGAAUGGGCAGGUGGAGAAGCUCAAGGAAUCUUGUUGGAGCACGGACUAUAUGAUGCUCGCCCAUUAGAACAGUCAAUUAAGUAUUAUUCAAAUGGGAGUUAUAAGCGCUGGACUGGUGUAGGAGCCACUGACUUGCUAUCAGGAAACUAUGUAUACAAUUUAGGUCACUAAAACAGUUAGCAACCUUAUUUUUUCCCCUUUAAAUAAUCAAUUAGCAUCCAUCAAAAGCCACGCAAUCACCAAAAUGUAAGAUAUUUUUCAACAGCUCCAAACUUAGCCUGGAAACCAUGAACUUAGGAGUAAGAGCCAGCAUGGCACAGCAAGGAACAUUCCCCUACAUUGAAUUCAACAACCUCGAGCUCAUAACAGGCAGUGUCAAAUUCUCAGUCGACAUUUUAUCAGGCAUUAACGCAUGUGAAGAGCUUGGAUACGGCCAGCAAAACAUGAUCGUAGAUGUUAUUCUCUGUUCAGGCAAAAAGCUUGCUACCAUCAAUGCUUCGAAAUAUACAACCAUAAAAGUUCUCAAAAGGACUUACGAGGUUCAAGAUUACCUCGAUACCAUGAAAAUUGUCGUUAAUUCUCCACUUGACUACCCAGAUAUCACCGUAAGAACUGUAACUUACCCAUCCCAAGCAAUCCCAGAAAGCGAUGUUCCUUAUGAUUUCACUCCUUCAGAGCUUCAAUCUAUGAUUACUUUGGGUACUCAAGAUGCUCAAAGCGCACUUAAAGUUAGCUACUUAUAUAACUAA